GCUCAAGAUCGAAGCCAAACCUUGGAGUAGUGAAGAGGGGAGAUUUUCUGUUUCUAUUUGAAGGCUGCGGAGUGCGGUAGAGUCAUCACUCGUUACAAACUCUGUUUAGAUCAUUUCAUCUCCAUCAACCUCUCCAACAAAAUAAAUAUCCCUUUACCCUAUUUUCUCGAAUCUUGUUUGCUAUCUCCUGAGUCCGGCUAAAUCCUUGCCUUUUCAGCCAGUUUCCUCCGUCUUCCCAACCUCAAUCACACUUAUCCAUCACACCCCAUGUAACAACUUUCUGUCUCUAGCUUUGAGCUUUUUCUUUUUCUUUUUUCUUCAAACACAAAACAACUUUCUGGAAUUAGUUACUUCUACUCUCAAUAAAGUUUUUUUUUUUUUUUUUUUAUCAUCAGCUUCAUUUAUUAGUAUUUUGGUCGGUUCUAUAUCCUUCCUUUUUCUUUUUGUCUUCUUUCCACUUUCCCCUCACUUUGUUGUGAGAUCUUGACAACAAAGUGCGUGCUUGAAAACUGAAGUCCCUUUUAGGAAUACGAGAAUGCAGGAUCCAACGUUGUUCCAACCCAUGAAACCCCACUUUCCGGAACAGGAGCAGCUUAAAUGCCCGCGCUGUGACUCCACCAACACCAAGUUCUGCUACUACAACAACUACAACCUCUCGCAGCCACGCCAUUUUUGCAAGAACUGCAGAAGGUAUUGGACCAAAGGUGGUGCCUUGAGAAACAUCCCUGUUGGUGGUGGAAGCAGAAAGAACACAAAGCGAUCAUCUUCAUCCAACAACAACACCAAACGCGCUUCCCCAUCACCCCCAGUUUCCUCUGCACCCGCUCCAGAACCCGACCCUACCCGGAUUGGCCCCACCCCGGUUGUUGGUGGCGGGAGUUUCAGUUCCCUUUUGGCAUCAAGUGGCCAUUUGGGCCUGGGGAACCUCUUGGAGGGUCUGAAUUCAAGUGGGUCUAAUCUGAAAACUGUGCAAAUGGAAGAGUUUGGGGAGAAUGUUAGUUCGGGUCCGGUUGCGGAUCCGGGUUCGGGUCGGAAUCCCGGGUUGGAGAUGCAAAGCAAUGGGAACGCAGAGAAUUUUCUGAGUUUGCAAAAUGGUGAUUCAAGCUGUUGGAAUGGUACUAGUGGUUGGUCUCACCUUGCUAUUUUCACUCCUGGGUCAAGCUUUCAGUAAUGACAAAUUAAUGAAUAUGAUUACUCUGAUCUGUAUAUUUAGACAUAUGUCGUACUAUUAUGGAGGAUCACAAACCAGAAGGCCACUGCUAUAGGAUCAUUAGGUAAAGUUUCUCCUGUUUUGGAUUUUUAUAUUUGUGAAUUGUGGUUGGUGUUCUUCAGCUAUAUCAAUGAUGGAAGAGAAAUGGAAAGCAAGUCAUAUUUUAGGGCAGGGUAUGGGGGGUAUAUGAAUGUUGUUGUAGUGAGAUUGUUUUCAGUCUCAUCACGUAGAGGAAGUGUUGCCAUGGCUUGGAGAUUCUAAUUUAUUUAAUCUAUAUAUGUGUAUUUUACACGCGCAGUUUGUCAUAUGCUUUUUUUAAUAAUAGCUUUUUCGAGUAUCUAUAGCUGUAUGUAUGUAUGUAUGGUAGUGCCCUACUUGACGACAAGUUGCUUAAUUAAAUACUUUUGGUA